CUGAGACUGGUGUUCCAGCCAUGCGGUGAGGGGUGGACCAUGCACCCGAGAUCGUUUCUGGCACAAGUAUGUGUUCGGGUCUGCCUAUCGCUGUUCAUCUUGUGCAUCAUCGUCAGCUCGUUCCACCAAAUCAGUGUGAUGGCUUUCACUGCUAGUAUUAUUUGCGGAAAGAUACCAGGACUUACUCCAGGUCAGCAGCGUCUUUGCCGAGAGCGUCCAGAUUUAAUGGCAGCGGUGGGAGAGGGUACCCGAAUAGGCAUCGCCGAAUGCCGCAAACAGUUCCGCAACAGAAGGUGGAAUUGUACUGCAAUAGGAAGUUCUUAUGUGUUCGGACACGUUGUCGUCGUGGGCAGCCGGGAAGCGGCCUACACGUAUGCAGUGACGUCGGCGGGUGUGACGCACUCCCUGACGCGGGCGUGCGGCCGGGGAGAGCUGCGGGGCUGCGGCUGCGACACUCGACGCGAGGGGCUCCUGGACGCUACGGGCGGAUGGAAAUGGGGCGGCUGCAGUGCGGACGUGCGGCAGGGCGCGGGCCUGGCGAGGCAGUUCCUCGACGCCCGGGAGAUGGAGGGCGACGCCCGAUCCCUCAUGAACUUGCACAACAACCGGGCGGGCAGAAAAGCUGUCAUCUUCACCAUGCAGACGGAAUGCAAGUGCCAUGGCGUUUCUGGUUCCUGUACCAUGAAGACGUGCUGGAACACGCUGCCAACCUUCAGCAAGACCGGUGAUUACCUGAUGCGGCGCUACUACGCCGCCAAACGUGUCUUCGCUCUUUUGAAUCCCUCGAAAAACUCUGUGUCACCUACGAGGAAGAAUAGACCCCUCUACCUCCGCAUGCGCAGAAGCAAGAGGUCUCACAGAAAACCUAGGCCUCGAGACCUGGUGUACCUCGAGAAAUCGCCAAAUUACUGCGAAGCAGAUCCUAUGAAAGGAUCUACAGGAACUGUUGGAAGACUAUGCAACAGGACAUCGCGUGAUACGGACGGUUGUGACCUCAUGUGUUGUGGGAGGGGCUACAACACGCACCAAUACGUAAAAACAUCGCAAUGUAAUUGUAAAUUUCAUUGGUGCUGCUAUGUGGAUUGUAAUGUGUGUAGAGAAAGGACGGAAUUAUACUCUUGCAAGUGACGCAGAUUUAUGAAACAUUCUUAUUGGAGUUUUUGAAACUAAGAGUUGGCAAAAAGAACAAAUGUGUUAAUAUAGUCACCAACAACUGAUCCGACAAAUAUGAUAUCGUCUAUUUGUUGGUAUGGAAAAAACGUUUCUAGUAAGAAGUUGAUUUAUAAGUAAGAAAUGAUUAUUUGGUUCGCAGAAGCUUAGAUCACAACAUCUUUCUUGCGAUGACUACUUUGAUAAAACAUAUGAGCCAGUGAGAAGCAAAGGGAUGCAAGUGGACUAAUUUAAGUUUCGAGUAAAACGCGUUUAAAGUAGGUAUUUUUCUUUCUACAUCAUGCUAUACAGCAACACCUACCAGGCUACUAGUACAAUAUCUUGCCUAAAGACAGAAGAGAGGUUCCCUUACCAUUUGUACUGGUUAUCUCCAAAUUUUUAAUUUUGCGACUUGCAUCCCUUUGCUUCUCACUACCUCAUAUUAACUUUCACUUUUUCCGUUUGAAUAUAAAAUCAUGCCACAACAAAGAAUCCUUCAGUAGAAGAGAAUUUUUAACCAUUGAGCUAAAAUGACAGUUGAACUGCUCACUGAGCAUACUGAGCCACACUAAUAGCGCUAGGAUGAGUGGAAAACAAAGUACCAAUAAACUCCGAUAUUAUAGCAAGACAAUUUACAUAUCAUAGUUUGAAACGUGUUAUAGUUAAUAAUAUCCACAUGUUAACAUAAUAUUUAAAUCAUUGAAUUUGUUACAGUAACAGCUGAAAGUUUAAAAAACUCUCUCGCUUGCAACGUUGCAGCAAAGUAGAAUAUACUUCAAACUCAAAGGCAGAAAACUGUUUCAAUUUCAACAUUUCAAAACCGUAAGACUUUUGAUAAAGCCCACGAAACGACAUGUUCCAAUGCUGGUUGAUUCUCUUUCAUAAUUUUGAAUGUCAUAAUAUUGCUUGUCUAGCUUUUGGGAUCGAAAACCUCAUUGCAAGUGCGAUUAAAAUAAUUACUCCAGUCGUAACUGGAAGGGUUUUAAAAUAAGCUCAGUUAAUCUAUUCUCGAUAGCUUAUGCAAAAUGAAAUCAAACCAUGACAAUGUUCAAACAUAAUCAGCAAAAUAUGGGUUAUAUUUUCUUACAAUACUAACAAGCUUAACGUGUACAUAUGCUUUUAGCAAUGAACGGUUCGUCCCAAACUUUUUCUGAAAAUGCGUCAAGUGAUCAAUGCAUUUGGAGUAAACUAUCGUCAGUUUGAACCGAUGCUUCAAUUCUCAUUCCAUAUCACAGAUUCAAGUUUUGUAACGUCGAUACCUUAUAAUUUGUGGUAAAACGUCUUAUGAUUGCAUUGCAAUAUCAUUUAUUUUGUGUCGUGUUCUCAAUGUGUUAUCAUAGUUAAAAAUAUAUCGAAAGUCUCAGUCAAGCCAAAAAUUGUGAAGAAGAACUUGAUAUUGGUGUUAACAAGUUUACAGUAUCAUGCUUGAUGAGUGAAAAAGUGCCAAACAGCAAAAAACUACACAAAUAGUUAUGGUUUCUCAUAAAAAUUCGUGCACAUGCAGAAAUCAGAAAAAGGAUUUUAAAACUCAAUAUGUAUUGGCAGAUAUACUUGAUCUAUUGUUAGUACUGUUGUCUGGUUCCUACAAACUAUUAUACUCACAAAAUAUGUCUGAAAAAAUCCUUA